AUGGUGUCCCUGUUUGGAGUUACAAUGAAAAGUGUGUGGUUCAAGGCGCCAGUAUUGCUAUGCUUUGCAUUCGUUCACAACGUCAUGCCUGAGGAAACUGGGUCCGAAAAAAAAUCGGUUGAAGAAGAAUGGGCCUCUCAUAAUGAUCGGGAUCACAAUGGUCCCAGCACAUAUGAAUUCGGGUAUGAUUUGGAAGAUCGGAAAACGUUCAAUAUUCAGCACAGGAAGGAAGAACGACAUCCGAACGGCACAGUAACCGGUAGUUACGGCCUACUCGAGCCAGACGGCUCCAUAAGAAUGGUCCAUUACAUUGCUGAUGAGCAUGGUUACAGGGCCCUGGUGGAAAAAGCGGACAACAACUCGACCAAGAGCAUCGACGCAGCCGGGAUCGAGGACAAACUGGAGCCGAUAAAACACCUCUCGGACGAGGACCUGAUCCACAUCCCGAAAUCCCCGCUCCUGAUCUCAGCCAUCGACUCCCUGAACCAGGCCGCCUCCUCCCUCCACGAGAUCCACGCCCGGCCCUCCUCCCACCCGUACCACGGACGCAACGCCUCCGACUUCUACAUCUUCAUCCCCGACAAGAUCCUCGUCCGCCGCGAGGUCGAUGGCAAAACCGUCACCGAGGAGAUCCAUACCGGCAUGGAUACCACCCGAUCCAUCGCCAAACGGAGUGUUGAAUCAUCAGCGUCGUCAUCGUCUUCGUCCUAUGCUCGCGGGAAGAUAGACCUGCCGCCCAACUCGCCGCUCCACAAGAAGGACUUGGAGUUUCUCCUGGACCAGGACGACCCCCACUUCCGGCGGAAACGGCAGCUCACCGGGACCAACGGGCAGUACGUCACCGUCCAGCAAGAGGGGAACGGAGCGCCCCCGCAGACCCUGACCUACAACAAUCAGCAGAACGCCCCACCGCCGCCGCAGCAGGAGGGUUUCUACGAGAAGAUCGCGCCCAAGAUCCAGGACUUCACCCAAAAUCUUGCGUCGCAGUGGGCCAACUACGCGAGUAAUCAACAACCCUUGCAACCGGUUCUCAACUCCCUCCCACAGCCAAGCGGACAGCCCUACGUGCUCAACGUACCCGCCGACUAUACCAAGCAGACCUACCGCUACCCUCUCAACGAACCUCCACCCCAAGGUGGUCCACAAGGGGUCCCUCAAGGGAUCCCUCAAGUAGUACCUCAAGGCGAGUACGCGGCCCCGCAGAACCAACAGUUCCAAGCCGCGCCCCCCGUCAACGGCCAAUACAACCAACCGUACGUCCCACCCCAAGUGAACUACCAACUAAACAACCAACCCUACAACCUCGUCCCAAACCAGCAAUAUCCAACCCAGUAUCCGGCCGCCCCGAUGAACAUCGAGAUCAAUGGCGCCCCCGCGGGACCGGACCCCCAGUACAACCAAUACCCCCCUCCUGAAGCUCCUGAAGAGGAACAAUACCAGAACAACAACCAACAGGUGGUUCUUCCCCAGGGCUACGGCCAGUACAACGGGCCCCCGAUCCAAACAAACCAAGCCGUGACCGAACCAACAUUCAACAUCCCGCCAUCGAUUCCCACCUCGUACACCGGUCCCGUCAACAUCCCCGACAUGCCCCCUACCGGCAACCCUAUCAUCCCUCCGGCGGCCUACCCCACGGCCACCCCUAACACCCCUCCCAUGAACUAUAACAACCUCAACGGGCCUAUCAACGAGCACCUCAACAGCAUCGAUUCCCCGGGGGUGAACCAGCUGAGCGUGCAGCACUUCAACCAUCCGUACGGCGUGAACAUCGCACCGUAUGUCAAGGUCGUCCCGCAAGAAGUGGACCCGAACCAGUAUAACCUCUUCAACAGACCCACCGGGAAGCAGACCGGUCCUAGUAGUCCGAGACCACUACCCACCGACUCCGAGUACUACACCAACUACUACGGCGAUCCUUACGAUCCGUUGGAUACGAACGCGUUGAAGAAGCAGAGGAUGUACGUUGAGCCGGAUGUCAACAGGCAUACUCCGGGAUAUCAAGGUGGGCGUAGACCGUAUGAUAUCGUGCAGACCGGACAGAGUAGAUACUUACCCCCUGGGAAUUUGCCACCCGGGCCGAUACCAUAUGCCUCGGCGCCGGUCCCUGCGGAUAGCGGUCAGCAACCCUCAUCUCCGGCUCCUACUGUAGUUUCGUCUCCUUCCCCACCACCACCAUCGCCAUCGCCAUCAUUGCCCCCUCCAUCUCCGUCCAGUGAACCAAAAACUAGAAUAAUUUACUAUGAUGACAAAAUUAAGGCGUGA